AUGGCGGUGAUUUUACCUGAAGCCGGCAUUGAGAAAGCGGAUCGAGUAUGGAAUGACACAGAUCCACCAUCCUCCUCCUCAUCAUCAAAUGGCUCCUCAUCACCUAAAUCCUCAUCACCAAUCCCAACAAAGAAACGCGUCAAAAUCCAACAGGAAAACAAUUCGGAAACGUUCUUUAUCAGAUGGAUUUGUGCCUUCUUCCGUGUCUGGGCUCAUUUCAUUGCCCGUCAUGCUGUCAAAGUGAUCAUUGCUUGCAGUAUUCUUUCACUCAUCGGCGCCAUCAAAUUGGCCACAACACCAAAUGAGAACGAGAUCGCUGGAUGGACCCCAUAUGGAGCGAGAUCGUUGAGCGAAUUGGAAGUUUCUCGGGAGUUCUUUGGCAAUAAAGAGCAAAUAAUCAGUGUUAUGUUAAUCCUUUUGGCAAAAGAUGGAGGAUCAAUGCUGACAACGGAAAGAAUGAACGAGAUUAAAAGGAUUGAAGACUUUGUGGCUAAAAAUUUCACAAUGUUCAACAAAGAGACGGGGAAAUGGGAGAAUUUCCGAAAAUUCUGCUACUCAUUCUGUCAACUCAACGAUCCACUCAUUCAUUUUGCGAAUGGUUUCAUCAUGCAAGAGGAUCUUCGAUUGAGAGGAGAACCGUUGAAUGAUCGGAUUGAGUUGUCCUAUCCGGUUACAUCAAUGUACGGAAGAACCUUCAAUGUUCAGCCGUCAUUCUUCGGCCUCGACUUCUUCAACAACAACACUUCUCCAAUUGCCAAUACAACUGAACUAGCUAGGCCAAGAAUCGUCAAUUUGAAAUCACUGAAAAUGGCUGCUUUGCAUUUCCGAGGAGAACGAGCUCAUGGAUGGACGCUAAACGAUGUGAAGACCUAUGAGCUGGCUGUCACUCAUUAUUUCAAAAAUGAAUUCCACUCGGAUGAAGUGACCGUGUUGACCCUUUCAACGAGUUAUGUCGAAGCUGAGGUCGUUCGAGCUGGAUAUAAAAUGUUACCCAUCUUCAUCAUCGGUUUCGGCAUUAUGUUAGCGAUUUCGAGCUUAACAACGUUCAUUUCAGCCGCCUACAUGCAACAACUCACGAUACACAAAUUCUCUCUUGCAUUAUUCGCUUGUAUCACCCCGUUUAUGGCUUGUGGAACAGCUCUAGGAUUUUUAUUCAUUUUCGGAGUUCGAUUUGGAUCGAUUCUUUGCAUUUCACCGUUUCUUGUACUGGCUAUUGGUGUUGAUGAUGCUUAUUUAAUGAUUCAUGCAUGGCAAAGAGUCUCAAAAAGACUUCGAUCACAUCCAGUUGACGAUGAUUCACCAGGAUAUCGACUGGCUGAGGUAUUGACCGAUACAGGACCAGCCAUUAUCAUCUCUGCACUCACAAAUAUCCUCGCUGAUACAGUUGGAACAUUCACCGGAUGUCCUGAGAUCACACUUCUUUCUUAUGGAAAUAUGGCUUGUAUUGGUGUCGACUUUCUCUAUCAGAUCUCUUUCUACGCGGCCAUCAUGGCUUUAGCUGGGCGUUUCGAGAUCGGCGAUGAACAACAAAAGAAAAACAAGUUGAGUAUCGAGAUCGGUGAUGAAAAUUCGGUGGAUAUCUGUCAUGGGGAAUGCUGUCCAAAGGUCUCCGAGGGUUUCCACGAUGCGGUGAAGACGCAAUUCAACGCUUUCCUUGAUGGAUACGUGAAUUUGGUGAACAAUCGCCUUUUCGAUACGGCUGUUUUCAUCGCCUGGGCUGCCUAUAUUGUGCUUUGUAUAUAUGGAAUCUCCAAUAUCAAAGUGAACAUUUCUUCGAAAAAGCUUUUUGCCGGCGAUUCUGAUCUCCAAAUAAUGGAAGAUCUCCGUUACAAACAUGUCUAUCCAUAUUAUGUCAUUGUACAAGUUUUUGUCAACAAUCCCGGAAAUCUCAGUGAUCCGAAAAGAUUAGAAAGACUUAAUACUUUUGUCUCAGAAUUUGAGCAAUUGCCUGGCGCAUGGGGAAAUGUUAGCACAAACUAUUUUAUUCGAGAUUUCAUGGAAUUCGAGGAAAUCAACCGGGAAAUGGAUGGGGAAGAGGGAGAUUUCAAGACGAAUUUCGAUCCAAAUGAUCUCCCGCAAUUCAUCGAAUGGACUGAAUACGAGUUUUGGAGGGGAUUUAUCCGGCUGUCAAACGAUAAAAACAACAACACACAUUUGGAUCGUUUCUUUUUCACAACCGCUUUUCAUGGGAAAGAAUUUUUGGCGUGGAAAACGCGAUCGAUUGCAAUGCAUCAAUGGAGAGAUGUCGUUGAUAAAUAUAAUCACGAAUUCAACUCGACAGUUUUCUACGACGAGGGAAUCUAUAUCGAUUUCAUGGACAAUAUGGCAACAGAUACCUGGCAGUCAGCUGCUGGCACUCUCUCCUGUAUGGCGUUGAUCUGUUUCAUUUUUAUGUAUGAUUUCUUCACUGUUGUUGUCUCAACGGCUGCCAUUGCAUCGGUGAUGGCUGGAAUUCUUGGCAUCAAUGCCCUCCUCGGAAUGGAACUCGAUCCAAUCGUGAUGGCCUCAUUGGUGAUUUCAGUGGGAUUUUCGGUGGAUAUCCCUGCGCAUGUGUCAUACCAUUUCCAUAUGGCUGAUGCUCAUCUGCACGGUGAGGUGACAAUUCGAAAGCGUUUACGUUAUUGUCUGGCCUCUGUUGGUUUCCCGGCGAUUCAGGCGGCAAUCUCGACAAAUCUUUGCGUUGUCGCUCUGCUCUUUGCUGACAUCUACACAUCGAGAGUUUUCGUUAGAAUCAUGCUCCACAGAUGGGACACAACGGCCAGGCAAGCCUCAGCCAACAAGCCGACCGUUCAUCUCCCACCGGGUGCAAGUGGUGCUUCGUGGGCUGGAGAUCUUGCCCCAAUUGUGACGAAUCUUCGUGCAUGCACUGAUAUGGCAUGUGUAUGUCAAAUGUUAGCUGGAACGAGAAGCAACUCUUGCAUCUAUCAAGGGAAACGCGUCGGGAAACUUGUUCGCAAGGAGUACCGAAUGAUGAGCGAUUAUGAAAGACAACGAUUUCACGGAGCUGUGAAUACAUUGAAACAAAGUGGAACUUAUGAUCAAAUUGCGAAAAUGCACUCACAAAUGAGUCAAUCGGGCGGCGCACACUCGGGACCAGCAUUCCUUGCAUGGCAUCGAGAGUUCAUCAAAGAAGUCGAAUUCGAGUUACGCCGAAUCGAUCCCGAUAUCUACAUUCCCUACUGGGAUUCAGCUCUCGAAUCCCGUCUACCGAGACCCCAAGACUCGUCGUUUUUCUCUGCCGAAUUGAUGGGAACGGGCAGUGGAAAUGUGGUUGAGGGACCGUUCGCUAAUUGGAGAACGAUUGAGAAUCAACCACUUCGACGAGCGGCCGGUGGUUCGGGUAAUCCGUUUACAGAUCGAGACAUCAAUUAUAUUCUCCAACAGCCCACAAUCACAAAUGUUCUCGCUUUUUCAGCAGCUCAAGAGCGAUGCCCUUACCGUCCGGACUUCAAUUGUUUAGAGUACACACACGGAAAUGUGCAUUUAUGGGUGGGAGGUCACAUGUUCGAUCAGAUGACGUCAGCGAAUGAUCCGAUCUUCUACUUGCAUCACUCGUUUGUCGACUUGAUUUGGGAAUCUUGGCGUUUAUCGAGACAGAAUCGUGCCCAACGUGAGUCCGAUUACCCGGCCGACAAUCAACUCUGUUCAUCAGCUCAACAUUUCGGUGCAUCUCGAAUGGCUCCUUUCAAUCAAUAUCGUAACAUUGAUGGUCUCUCAAAUAAGUACACUGAUGAACUCUAUCAAUACGCACCCCGGCCCACAUGCACUUCUGUCAAUCCAGGUUGUGGGAGUCGUUUCCUCUUCUGCGAUGUCUCUCAUGGAGCUCCUCGAUGUGCAGCAAAGAUUCGAGUUGGCGGAAGUUGUCAAGGCUUCGUUCGGGGUGAGGACUCAUGCUACAAUGGGGUCUGUUGGCAAGGAGUGUGUCGGCCUGGGGCUGUUGCAACAACAACCGUAGCUCCGACGAUCACCGUCCGCCCAUCGCUACCCGUCCCCAAUGUUGUGGAUUGCUGGAACGAGAACCAAUGUUGUCAGGCAUGGGCGGCAAGGGGCGAAUGCACAACGAACAGGGGAUACAUGCAAGAUUUCUGCAAAGCUUCCUGCAAUAUCUGUCGACCAAAUCCACCAAUUCGUGAUGAUUGCUCUGAUCGUCAUCCAACGUGCGGCUCUUGGACGAGCACCGGUGAAUGCACAAAGAACCCUGAUUGGAUGACUGAGAACUGUCGUCGCAGCUGUAAUCGGUGUCAACAGACGCGAGCGCAAGCCUGCUCCCGGGGACAAACCUCGUACGCUUGUUGCCCACAUUGGGCUAAUCAGGGCCAAUGUCGCAGCAAUCCGAGCUUCAUGAUGUGCAAUUGUCGGGUCUCGUGCGGCAUGUGUUUCCCGACCGAUUACCCGUAUGGAGCUUGUGUCGAUUACCAUCGUGAUUGCCAAGCAUGGACUCGAAGUGGAGAAUGUCGAAAGAACCCGUGGAUGGAAGAGAAUUGUCGCUCGAGUUGUCAAACUUGUUUUGCCCAAUGGGACCUUCGAUCGAUGUGUGGAUCAACGGCAAAUGCGGGCAUAAUAUCCGGAAGUCGUGGCGCCUCAUUUGCUUCACGCACAGCGCCAGCAACAGCAAUGAGAGCCCGACCGAGGGCUCGUCCAAGAGCAAGAAUUGCCCCAAGAUUGAUCGCCGGUAAUCGUCAAGCAGCUCAAACGAGACAAGUGCCAAGAGCAGGAUGGGGCAAUCAAGGUGGUUGGGAUGAUUCAUGGAAUGGCAAUUUCGACAUGGGAAAUGUCGGAUGGGGAUUCGGUGGAUGGGGGAGAAGACGAAGGGACACUCAACAGUUUAACAAUACAAUU